GAGGCUUGCAUAACAAAGCCAUACCUUACCGCACGGCUUAUUCCCCACCACCACCUCCUGGCCAUCGACGACCUUUGGCUGGAAUUUCUGUCUUAGAUCUCUCUUUCUCACCCCAUUAACCGCUCACCAUGGCCCUCAAGCGUAUUAACAAGGAAUUGAUUGAUCUUGGUCGGGAUCCACCCUCAUCUUGCAGCGCUGGACCAACUGGCGACAACAUGUUUCAAUGGCAGGCAACCAUUAUGGGGCCGGGCGACUCUCCUUACGCUGGCGGUGUUUUCUUCCUCUCCAUUAGUUUCCCCACCGACUAUCCUUUCAAACCUCCCAAAGUCAGUUUCACCACGAAGAUCUACCACCCCAACAUCAACGCCAAUGGUUCAAUUUGCCUGGACAUCCUGCGGGACCAGUGGUCACCAGCUUUGACGAUAUCAAAAGUCCUCCUAUCGAUUUGUUCAAUGCUCACCGACCCCAACCCCGACGAUCCCCUUGUUCCUGACAUUGCUCAUUUGUACAAGACGGAUCGCACUCGAUACGAAGCGACCGCUCGAGAAUGGACUAGGAAGUAUGCUAUGUAAACUCGGAUGGUAGCCAUACGGUAGGAGUAUUGUGGGGAUGUACGUUGUAUCUGAGCGGUUUCCUUCUCAAUUCGUGUAUCGCUUCUGUAGUCAUGAAGUUCCUUUUUCUCUACUUCUCAAUGCAUCCAAGCGCUCACUGAUACUUACCUACGCGUCCUGUGCCUGAAAUAAAUAAUCACUCUCUAUCACAUGUUCACCGCCU